CAGUGCUACUGGCAGAGUGCUUGUGAGCACAACUCUUUCGGUCCGCUUCAGUCUCCAUUGGCUCAUAAGUAGUAGUGGGGCCAUUACCGCCAUCACCAGCGUUAGCGAUUGAUUUGGAAUACAGUAGCUGGGAAAUACAUUUCAUUUUGAGAAAGCAUUUGCCUUUGACAUGGGAUCCUCUGCAAUAGAGGACACAGAUGAAGCCCGCACAGAGCACAUAUACUGCUGUGGUGCUGUCACAGAGGUCCUAAAAUUUGGCCUAUGUAGCCUACACUCUGGCAGAAUACUUUUUCUCAUUAUUCCAGGUAAUCCAGGGGUGGUUGGUUUCUACAAGACCUUCAUGCAGACGCUUUAUCAGGCAUUUGACCGACGCUGUCCUGUGUGGGCAGUAAGCCAUGCUGGUCACUGUGAGCCUCCUGAUACUAUGGACAUGAUUGACGAUCCAUCCGUGAUGGCAGCAGGGGACGUGUUUGGUCUUAACGGGCAGGUAGAGCACAAGCUGGCCUUCCUCAGGGAUUACGUCACCAGGGAUACUCGCCUGGUUCUUGUUGGCCAUUCCAUCGGCUGCUACAUCAUCCUGGAGAUGAUGAAGAGGGAUCCUGAACUGCCGGUGAGGAAGUCAGUGAUGCUGUUCCCCACCAUUGAGCGCAUGGCGGUGACCCCUCAGGGCAGGGUCAUGACACCAUUAUUGUGCCGACUGCGCUAUAUGGCCUACCUGCCCAUCUUCCUCCUCUCUCUUCUGCCUGAUUUGCUCAAGUCUUUCCUGGUGAAGCUGGUCUUCCGAAGGCUUCGAUCACUGGACCACUCAACUGUGCUGCCUACUGUUAGUCUCAUUAACGUGGACACUGCAGCCAAUGCUAUGUACAUGGCGAGUCAAGAGAUGUUAGAAGUUCUGGAGAGAGACAACACUACCAUCAAUCAAAACCUUGACAAGGUAUUUACCGGGUGAAACCAUCAGUGAUGUCAGUCAAGUGUGGCCAGAAGGAGCAGAAUCACUACUACGACACAAGUUUCAACACACAGACAGAUUGUUUGCCACUAAAGCCACCAUUGACUCCCAUACGGACAUUGAAACAUAUAUAUAUUUUAUCAGCACCUGCACCAACAACGUCACCAGCCAUAAACUAAUAAAGACCUUCUCCAACCAGAUGCCUUGGAUAAAGAGUGAGGUCUGACAGCUGCGAAAGGCAUGUGACGCUGCGUUAAGAUCCAGCGAUGCAGAGGCUUGCAGCUCAUCCAGGGCAAACCUGAAAAGGGGCAUCAAGAUGGCAAAAAAUUACCACAAACUGUGGAUUGAAGGGCGCUUGAACAAAAACUCUGAACACUAACGCAUGUGACAGGGCAUCCAAGUCAUCACCGACUGCCGGCCAAAGAACCACACCCCCACAGCCAGCGACGUCUCCAUCACAGACGAAUUAAACAGGUUUUACACUCGUUUCAACUGGGAGAACAAAGAGCCAGCCAUUAAAGCUAAACUCCCCUCAGACGCCUUACUUACACUUUACACUCUGCACUGACAAAACCAGCAUCUAUGUGAGAAUGCUAUUCAUAGACUUUAGCUCAGCAUUCAACAUGGUCAUCCCCUCUAGGCUGGU